AUGCUUAACAGACUGCUGAGACUAAGGACCAGUUUGGAUCCUGUCGUUAAACCGCAUGGUCACUAUGCAAUGGUUCGAAAUGAGAUCCCAGAAAGCUUACUGCAAGAUUGUCAGUGUUACGCUCAGGGUUUAAAUGAGAGACUACCAUCUGAUAAGAAACUGGAAUACGAUUCAGCACUACCAAGAAAACCUCCGGCCUAUCAAAAGCAUGUUCUUUUAAUGUCCCCUCCCAAUGUUCAAAGUGCAGAACCAGUGUGGAAACGUGACUGGCAUUCGAAGAUUGAGCUGGAUUACACUUGGCCAUAUAGUACAUUGGGGAAAAUUAAAAGACAUUUACGAGACUGUUCGAGUGGUGGUGUUCUAAUCAAUGCAAUAAGUGGUGAAAGAGGUCUUCAGUUCGAAAACGAGGUCGAAAAGGGCAGGGCAAAAUUUUUGGUAGUGCCAGACAUGGUUAUGUAUGAAAUUGACAAGACGGAGAUUGAGAUAUUUACACAUUUUCUUGCUAAUUCUGAUCUAUCUUCAGAUGCUGCAAAGACGAAAUUUCAAGGCCGGCCGUAUACCCGAGAUUUGAUUCUUGUGUGUGGCCAUUAUCAGCGAGACAUUAGAUGUGGCGUUAUCGCGCCUCGACUGAUUGAAGAAUUGAGACGCACCGAUUCUGUUGACCCUGAUGUUGAUCUCGGUAUAAUAUCUCAUAUCGGGGGGCAUAAGUUUGCUGGAAAUUUAUUAUAUUAUAAGCAAUAUAAAUCCAACGAUGGUGGAUACACUGGCGUCGAUGGAUUGUGGUUUGGCAAGGUUACGCCCCAAGCAGUUGAGGUCUUAAUGAAUGGUCUUCGUGAUGGGAAGAUACAUGAAGAAUGGUUUCGAGGAGCAGUCUCUAUGCGAGCACAGUGA